AUGGGUCGCGGCAAGUGCAUGUUCGCACCUACGAAGAUAUGGUGCCGCAAGAUCAAUGUCAACCAUAAGCGAUACGCCGUCGUUUUCGCCAUUGUUGCCUUAGUCAUUCCCUUAUUUGUUGUCGCACACAACUAUCAUAUUGACAUUGUGCCGAAUCUUCCUCUCGUUAUCUCAGAUGUUGCUGAAGUCAUUGAGAAGACAAAAGAAGCAUCCAAUGUCUGGAGAUCCACACAAUUCGUCUUGAAAAGGGAAAAAUAUGUAAUCGCCGAUACAUUUCAGAAAAAGGGACCUCAUGUUGUGUACGAAUCGAAGGAGUUAAGGAUGUUAAAGAGUUCUGGAACAUUUUUGGUGUUGAGGUUGCAAAUAUUGAGAAAAUCAAUUUGUAUGAAAUUGGUGCUUGGUGGACACCUUAAAAGGUUUGUGAUAUGA